AUGCAAUUCAAAUCUACCGUCCUCGCCUUCCUCAUUGCCGCUAGCUCCGUAGCCGGGGUCUACAACCCUGUCGGCCAAUCCUGCGAUACCCCAGGUGGGGAAGGCUGCGCCAACGACGUACCGAGCCUCAACGGUGGUGACGCCUUCAUCUACGAGUGCGGCCCUACCGGCACGUUUGUGUAUCUUGCCGGCUGCGGGUGCUUGACCUGCUGCGAGGCUGACGCUAAUGGAGCGGCGUAUUGCACUUGAAGUAUGUGUUGAAUGCUUCCAGGUCUUCGUGGACUCGUAUCUAAUCCUCGAACAUCUUGCAGAAAUGAAAGUAUGCCAAUGAUGGCAGGUGGCCAUCAUUGCCAAUGUUCCACGGAAAACCCGCAGUAAAUUGCGUAACAGAAUUGAUACAUUCGCCGUCCACGCACUGGCAGCCCGUGGCUGACGAUGCAAGCUGGACACUUUGGGUCCGAGACUGCGUCAGAACGUCACUCGAAGUAAACAGGCGCUCACCUCAGCGACUUGUAUGGUCUGCAACGGAGAUUAGCUGUCGCAGUGAGUUAAUACCGGAUAGGACUUAC